GGAGAAAGAAAAAUAUCAUUAUUAAAGUCUCGGAAAUCUUCUCAAUUAAAUAAUAUUUUUUUAAUAAACGGACUCAUACCAACAGGCAUAUAAAAUAUCCUCGUUCAGCGUUUCAUUUUACCAGCUUUAGUCAGGACUUUCGCUUUUUUUGGCCGCUACCCCUCUCCGUAGGAGCAAUAGAGUCACCAUCCGGCGCAUGUGCACUGUAUACUUUAAGCUAACUUUAACUUACUGUCCACGCGUGUUUAGAGUCUCACUUUGGGAAAAGUGGGGUUUGAGCCCAGGGAUUUUAGAAAUAUACGACGCGUUUUUCUUCAGAAUGGGUGGUCAAGCUAAGGGUAAAAAGAAAAAUAAACCGAAGAGGAAAGAUAACCGUCCAAACAGGGAUGGAGGAUUUGUUGGUUUAUCACCUCAAGAAAGGAUGAAGGUAAGAAUGCAAGAAAAAGCCAAGAAGAAGACAGCGGAGAAGUACUCAGUACAGCAACUCCUACAGAAGACUGAAGAAUGCAUGGACAGUUUUGAUUUUGAAAUGGCCAGCCUUUUCUGUCAAAGAGCCCUGGAUGUGGAGCCCACCAACCUGCAAGUUCUGGACAUGCUGGGGCACAUUUCCUCUGAAUUAGGAGACACACAGAAAGCAAAAGAAGUAUUCUUGCGUGCUGUGGAGCUUAGCCCAGAUAUUGGCCACAGUAAGUACAUGUACCUGGGACAAAUCCACACAGGCCGGGAGGCUGUGGACUACUAUACCAAAGGCAUACAAGUCCUACUGAAUACAUUGGAGAAACAAGGAACAACAACAGCUCUGGCUGGAGCUGCUGCCCCACCAGAUGAGGACCCUGAACUCCCCACAGAGAAGGAUGUUAGUGUAGCCUACUGCUCCAUCGCUGAGAUUUACUUAACAGACCUCUGCAUGGAGGAGGGGGCUUCCGACAAGUGCAGAGAGUUCAUAGAGAAAGCAUUACAGUAUCACCAUGACAACCCAGAGGCUCUACAGCUUAUGGCCAGUUACCUGUUCAGUACAGAGAGAAACCAGGAAGGCAAAGAUUACCUGUUGAAGAGUGUCGGAAUGUGGCUACCUGCGCUAAAACAGAGAGCAGCUUCGUCCAGCGCAGGGGAAGACAUUCAGAAUGAGAUCCCUCCGUAUGAGUCUCGCAUCACCACAGCCAAACUGCUCAUUGAGUCAGAGGAGUACGAGAUGGCAGUAGAUGUAUUGGAGAGUCUACUAGAAGAGGAUGACGAAGUUGUCCAGGUGUGGUAUCUCUCUGGCUGGGUGUGCUACCUCCAGUUGGAAAAGGCAAAGGAGCAGCAGGAAAGGGAAGGAAGAGAAGCAACAGAAGAGGAAAAGGAGGAGGGGACGGCAUUGAAGGAAGCUGCCAGAUCAUACUUGACUAAUGCUAAGAAGCUCUACAAUAAGCUGCGAUGUGACGACCAGCCGAUGUUGGAGCAUGUGGAGCAGCUUCUGGGCGAGCUGGGAGGAGAGGUGGAGGGAGAGGAUGCAGAUCCAGCCUUGGAUGAAGAUUUUGAACCCUGUAGCGAUGAUGAUGAGGAGGAUGCAGAAGCACCCAUGGAACACUGACCGCACCUCCCUGCUUGGAUUUUGUGAUUUCACUUUUCUCCCAUCAUGUCUCUCUGUAGUUCUCAUGAAAUCUCAAAGGGUGCCUUUUUUUAAAUGGUUUUCCUCUCCCACCUGCUUAUCAACAAUUAAAUCUGAAAUCCACUGAUAUGCACAAAAGAGUGGCAUUAAAAGCAGCGGUCUCCUCAA